AUGCACAUUUUGGUCACAAACGACGACGGUCCGCCGUCGAACCAGUCCUCGCCCUACGUUCACUCCCUUGUCCACUCGCUGCAGUCCGCCGGCCACACUGUCUCGGUCGUUCUCCCACACCAACAGCGAUCAUGGAUCGGUAAAGCGCAUAUAAUAGGUGCUUCCGUAAAGCCAACCUACUUCCGGCCCGGCACACUUCACCAGGAGGAUGGGACAAUACACCACCUACCGCGGGGUAGCGACGGCGAGCCCGACGACGGCGGCGAUGAAUGGAUCUUGAUCGACUCAACACCGGCAAGUUGCGUCCAGAUCGGUCUCUACCACUACUUCCAGGAACGCGGACCGAUCGAUCUCGUCGUGUCUGGCCCCAACUACGGGCGCAACACUACUGCGCUGUUCGCAUUGUCGAGCGGGACUAUCGGUGGUGCCAUGGAGGGUGCCGUCUGCGGUAAACACUCAAUUGCAUUGUCAUAUGCUUUCAGCUCGCGCAACCACGAUCCAGUGGUUAUUGCAGAGGCUUCGCGCCACUCGGUCAAGUUGAUCGAGUACCUGUGCGCUAACUGGGCCGAUGGCGUGGAUCUCUACAGUGUCAAUGUUCCUUUGGAGCCUGGCGUGAGCCAGAACAAGAUUCUCUAUACUGAUAUGCUGAUCAAUAAGUGGUCUGCUGGGAGCUGUUUCCAAGUUACGGACGCCGCUGCUGCGGACGAUCCUGAGCUGGAUGAGCAGCGGCUGCGCAUUGCCAGUGAGACCACUGGCAAGAAUCCCGAUCUUUCUGGUGACAAGCCGAGCCAGACACGAUUCCAGCAUAAGCACUUCAAGUGGGCGCCGAGUCUUCAGGAUGUUUAUCGCAGUGUCGAGGAGAAUCCUCCAGGAAACGAUGGCUGGGCCGUCAAGGAGCAGAUGACAAGUGUCACGCCGCUCAAAGCGAGUUUCAUGCAUGCGCCUGGUAUCGCUGGGGAGAUCAAGCUAUCAGAUAAACAGCAUACGGUAUACUCCAUCGUUGACUGCGACGAUCCCUACGUCCAAGACCUCGUGCAGAAAGCAUUGACCCGCCGUCUCGGUGAUGUGGCCUCUAUUCAAAUGGUAUCAUCUCUCGACGACAUGCCCGACCGCUCCGCGCCCGUCUUCCAAUACCGCGAAUACGAGCGCCUCGAAUUCGAACACGUCCUCGUACGGCCGACGACCUCCCUCGCAAACGCAUACAUCAUCCGCAAGGCCCUCAUCCGCAAACACUACCUCUCCAACACGGUCGCCAACUGGAUUUCCAAGAAUCCCGACAGUAUUCUGCGACACCACUUCAAGCCUGCAUUCGACUUCGAACUUGAUUACGCAGAGUUCCUAGACGAUGCUUUGUUGGAGGCAUACGAGCUACGAGAGAGCAUGGACAAGAACGAAGAAAGACCGGACUCGGAGAAAGAAUGGUGGAUCCUCAAGCCCGGCAUGAGUGACCGCGGCCAAGGCAUUAGACUCUUCAACAACGAAGAUCAAUUACGCGAGAUCUUCGAGGAGUGGGAGGAAGAUUCCGACGAAGAAGAAGAAGGCUCGGAAACCAAGGAAGACGAAGAUGAAAAGGUUGCCCACGACGCAGGCAUCGUCACCUCCCAGCUGCGUCAUUUCAUGGCCCAGCCCUACAUCGACCCUCCGCUCCUCCUACCCUCGUCAUCGAACCGAAAGUUCCACAUCCGCACCUACGUUCUGGCAACGGGCGCUUUGAAGGUCUACGUCUUCAAGGAGAUGCUGGCUUUAUUCGCUGCGAAACCGUACUGCCCACCGCACGAAGAAGAAGACGAGGUCAUGGAUCUCGCUCGCCAUCUCACCAAUACCUGCUUCCAGGAAGGUGGAAGCUCGAACGAGGGCAGUGUGCGCCGGUUCUGGGACCUCGAUCACCACGUUCCCGGCCUCGCGGCUGACUGGAAGGAGAAGAUCUUCGACCAGAUCUGCAAUGUGACGGGUGAAGUAUUUGAAGCUGCUGCGCGGGGCAUGAUGGUGCAUUUCCAGACGCUGCCUAAUGCGUUCGAACUGUUUGGUGUUGACUUCUUAGUUGAUGCGUCCGGGAAUGCGUGGUUGCUAGAAUUGAAUGCGUUCCCUGAUUUCGGGCAAACUGGUGAGGAACUCAGGGAGGUUGUUGUUGGAAGAUUGUUUGAGGAGACGAUUGAUGUUGCCGUGAAGCCGUUCUUUGGACUGGAGACGUCUGAUGGGAAUGGGGAUAUGAAGUUGGUGAAGGAUCUUGAUUUGGGGAGGAAGGCAUAG